GUUUGGACUGGAGUUUCAAGUUCGCGGCGUCGAGUUUCACUAUCAAUUCUUUUUCCAUAGCACGUCGAUAUUUCCACCAAUAUAAAACCAAAUUUGUACCUCGGUUGGAAGUGCCACCACAUUGGAAAUCGGAUUCGCCAUGGACGUCCCAAGCUAUGGCCUGUUGGACCAGGCGGAAGAAGAUGCCCUUCAUAAAGAUCGUCUGCUCCCGAUCGAACAAAGACCCUUCCAACGCAUUACCAAACGACUUCUCGCCGCCGAUUCCCCCAUCCGCUCACACCCCAAGCAACUCCCCACUCCUCCUCCCGACUCCACCGUUAUCGACGAAGCCGCCGCCGCCGCCGAAGCCCUUAAGCAACAGGAAUCCGAAGAACGGCGACAAUGGCGAGACGAAAUGCACCUCGACUUCGAGGCGCUCGAAGACAACAUGGUCCGCAUGCAACUUUUGCGAACCAGCAACUCGCGCGAACGCGAGCGGUACGCCACUGAGAAGCUCAAGAUCCUCGACACCGCGCAAGCCGUGCGAGAGAACACCGCAGACCUACGCAACCAGCUCGACGAGGCGCGCAAGACGCUAGCCCUCCGCAAAGAAUACGACGCGCUCACGGAGAAGAUCCACACGAACCGGAUGCUGCGGCCGCGCGACGACCAGCAGGCGCAGCUCGCGAAGCUGCGGGCUGAGAUCGGCGAGCUGCGAGGGGAGAGCGCGGAGUACGCGCGCACGUGGACGGAGCGGCGGGCGCAGUUCAUGCGGAUCGUGGGAGAGGGGAAGACGAUGUUGGGGUUGAUUCGGGAUGAGAAGGAGGAGGCGGAGCGGAAGGAAGGAAUGAUGGGGGGGGAAGAGGAGGAGGGGGAGGGGGAGGGGGAGGGCUCGCAGGGGAGUCGGAGUCGGGCGGGGACGCCGAGGGCGGAG